UGCAGCAACCAGAAAAUAACCCUAAUAAAGUAUAACUAUGAAAGUGCAGUUAGUUACUGCUCGAGCAGAGAAACCAUACAUGAUUGGGGUGUAAACAGACAAAGAUCAUGCAUUUACGAAGGACACUACAAAGACAAUUGCCUGAAGGCAGAAAGCGAGCUGUUGGACCUAUUGAGAUAUUUCGCUUUGCGGAUGGACUGGACAUCACACUCAUGAUCCUGGGAAUUCUGGCCUCACUGAUAAAUGGAGCUUGCCUUCCGCUAAUGUCACUGGUUUUAGGAGAAAUAAGUGAUCACCUAACUAGUGGAUGUCUAGUGCAAACCAACGCAACAAAUCACACAAACUGUACUCAGUCUAAGGAAAAGCAGAAUGAAGAUACACUUCUGUUGACCCUGUAUUAUGUUGGAAUAGGAGUUACUGCCUUGAUUUUCGGCUACAUGCAGAUUUCCUUUUGGGUUAUAACUGCAGCACGACAGACCAAGAGAAUUCGUAAACAGUUUUUUCAUUCAGUUUUAGCACAGGACAUCAGCUGGUUUGAUGGCUGUGACAUCGGGGAGCUCAACACUCGCAUGACUGAUGACAUCAAUAAGAUCAGCGAGGGAAUCGGAGACAAGAUUGCCCUGUUGUUUCAAAACAUCUCUACUUUUUCUAUUGGCCUCACAGUUGGCUUUGUAAAGGGCUGGAAACUCACACUGGUAACUCUGUCCACCUCUCCCCUUAUAAUGGCAUCAGCAGCAAUGUGUUCGAGGGUAAGCAUGACGGGUAAUGAUAUCAACCGAAAGUGGAAAUAUGAAUUCAGUGUCAUACUGAGUUUGUCAAAACAGAUGUUUCUAUUAAUGGUCCGUGUCCCAAAACAUAAAGGGAUACUGUCAACCGCAAAUACUUCUGAUUUUGCUCAUCAAUCACCUUUCUGUAUUGAAAUUAUGUGCUUUGAACAAGGCUUGUUGUUAAUCCUAACAUUUAAAACACCUCUCUUGGUUUCACAGCUCAUGGAACUUCUCAUGUUAGCGCAGAUAAAAGGGUGGUGCCUUGAAACACACACAGGGUGCAGCAGUGGCUGCUGGGAAAGCCGGUGUGUUUUCUUCAGUGUAAUCCACAGCAGCUACUGCAUUGGAGCAGCAGCCCCUCACUUUGAAACCUUCUCUGUGGCCCGAGGAGCUGCCUUUAAUAUCUUCCAGGUUAUUGAUACGAAACCUAGGAUAGACAACUUUUCCACAACCGGAUAUAAACCUGAAUGCAUAGAAGGAACUGUGGAAUUUAAAAAUGUUUCUUUCAAUUAUCCGGCACGCCCCUCCGUUAAGAUUCUGAAAGGUCUGAACCUCAAAAUUCAGUCUGGAGAGACGGUGGCCUUUGUUGGUCCCAGCGGCAGUGGGAAAAGCACCGCAGUCCAGCUCCUGCAGAGACUGUACGAUCCUGACGACGGCUUUAUCACGGUGGACGGGAAGGACGUCAGAGCCCUCAACGUGCGCCACUACCGGGAGCACAUCGGCGUCGUCUGCCAAGAGCCUGUUCUGUUCGCGACCACCGUCCGAGACAACAUUAAGUACGGGCGGGACGGCGUGACCGACGAAGAGGCCGAGAAGGCCGCCAAAGAAGCCAAUGCCUACGACUUUAUAAUGAAGUUUCCCAAAAAAUUUGACACCCUGGUAGGAGAAAAAGGAGCUCAAAUGAGUGGAGGACAGAAACAGAGAAUUGCGAUUGCUCGAGCUUUAGUUCGGAACCCCAAAAUUCUGAUCUUAGAUGAGGCGACAUCUGCUCUGGACACCGAAAGCGAAUCGGUUGUUCAAGCGGCCCUGGAGAAGGCAAGCAAAGGUCGGACUACAAUCGUGGUAGCUCACCGACUCUCAACUAUUCGCAACGCAGAUCUGAUUGUGACUAUAAAGGACGGGACAGUGGCGGAAAAAGGAACACACGCUGAACUAAUGGCAAAACAGGGUCUAUAUCAUUCCCUUGCGAUGGCGCAGGAUAUUAAAAAAGCUGAUGAACAGACAGCUCCAGUGACACACUCUACUGAAAGACAUACCAACCCUGCUUCUCUGUGUGCUGUGAACAGCAUCCAUUUGGACAGUACAGAAAAGCCUGCGGACUCCAUUCCGCAUAAUGAGACAAGUCUUCCUGAAGUGUCUCUAUUAAAAGUUUUUAAAUUAAACAAGUCUGAAUGGCCUUUUGUGGUUCUGGGGACACUGGCUUCUGUUCUAAAUGGAACUGUCCAUCCAGUAUUUUCUAUCAUCUUUGCAAAAAUCAUAACCAUGUUUGAAGAUGAUAACAAACCCACGUUAAAGCAUGAUGCAGAAAUGUAUUCUCUAAUGUUUGUCAUUUUGGGUAUUAUUUGCUUUAUCAGUUACUUCAUGCAGGGCUUGUUUUAUGGCAAAGCAGGAGAAAUUUUAACCAUGAGAUUAAGACACUUGGCAUUCAGAGCCAUGUUGUAUCAGGAUAUUGCCUGGUUUGAUGAUAAAGAAAACAGCAUAGGAUCCUUAACAACAACAUUAGCCACAGAUAUAGCGCAAAUUCAAGGGAUAGCAACUGAAGCAGUGGAGAAUAUACGUACCAUAGUGUCAUUAACAAGAGAAAAAGUCUUUGAGCAAAUGUACGAAGAGACUCUUCAGACUCAGCACAGAAAUACCCUGAAGAAAGCACAGAUCAUCGGAAGCUGUUACGCAUUCAGCCACGCCUUCGUAUAUUUCGCCUAUGCAGCAGGAUUUCAGUUUGGAGCCUAUUUAGUUCAAGCUGGACGAAUGACACCAGAGGGCAUGUUCGUAGUUUUUACUGCAAUUGCCUAUGGAGCGAUGGCCAUUGGAGAAACACUUGUCAUGGCACCUGAGUAUUCCAAAGCCAAAUCUGGAGCUGCACAUCUGCUUGCUUUAUUGGAAAAGAAACCAACUAUAGACAGCUGCAGUCAAAAAGGGAAGAAACCAGACACCUGUGAAGGGAAUUUAGAGUUUCGAGAAGUCUCUUUCUUCUACCCAUGCCGCCCAGAUGUUUUUACCCUUCGUGGCUUAUCCCUCAGGAUUGAAAAAGGGAAGACGGUGGCGUUUGUUGGGAGCAGUGGCUGUGGAAAAAGCACUUCUGUUCAACUUCUCCAGAGGUUUUAUGAUCCCGUGGAAGGACAAGUGCUGUUUGAUGGUAUAGAUGCAAAAGAAUUGAACGUACAGUGGCUCCGUUCCCAAAUAGCCAUCGUUUCUCAAGAGCCUGUGCUCUUCAACCGGAGCAUUGCUGAGAACAUUGCCUAUGGUGACAACAGCCGCGUGGUGCCCUUAGAGGAGAUCAAAGAAGUUGCAAAUGCCGCAAAUAUCCACGCUUUCAUUGAAGGUCUGCCUGAGAAAUACAACACACCAGUUGGACUCAAAGGAGCACAGCUCUCUGGUGGCCAGAAGCAAAGACUAGCUAUUGCAAGGGCUCUUCUACGAAAACCAAAAAUUUUACUGUUGGAUGAGGCCACUUCUGCCCUUGACAAUGAGAGUGAAAAGGUGGUUCAGCAGGCCCUCGACAGAGCCCGGAGAGGGAGGACAUGCCUCGUGGUGGCUCACAGACUCUCCACAAUACAGAACGCAGACCUGAUUGUGGUUCUGCACAACGGGAAAAUUAAAGAACAGGGGACGCAUCAGGAGCUCCUGAGGAAUCGGGACAUAUACUUUAAAUUAGUCAAUGCACAGUCAGUGCACUGAGGCUGUUGAGUGAGCACAUACUUUGGUCUUUGUGUCAUGCAAAGGAAGAGUGCUUAGUAAUUACUUGGCCUGUGUUGAUCGCUUUUAUUGCAUAUAUCAAUUCCUAGCAUCUUGCUUCUCAAGUGCAGACAUGUGUUGUCCACAUCAUCCCUUCAGGCUUAAGG